AUGACGGUACAACCAUCGCUAACCGUUAAGGCUGCCAAGAAGCAACUACGAACUCAAAUCAAAGCUUCUCUCAAAGCAGUCACACAAGAAUCACUCGCUUCGCAAUCGCAACUCAUUUUAUCAAGACUAGUCAACAAUCCCACAUUUCAGAAUGCAAAAUCGAUUGCUGUGUUUAUGAGUAUGCCCGAUCUGGAAGUGAAAACUCUUCCCAUUAUAGAACAAUGUUUCAGGUUGAACAAGCACGUGUACUUGCCUCGAUGCAACACUGUACCCAUCAAGCAUCGGAAACCAAACUAUCUAUCAAUGCUCAAGAUCGAAACAUACAAUGAUGUCUUAAAUUUGCAACCGCAGGGAAAGUACCAGUUACUUGAACCAACUUUUGGUGAAGAUGCAAUGGAUUCUGGAGACUUGGACGUAAUAUUACUACCAGGAGUGGCAUUUUCAGCAACGUUACAACGAUUAGGACACGGAGCUGGGUUUUACGACGAGUUCUUAUCAACCUACAAGCAAAAUUGGUCCAAAUUACCUGCUUUAAUAGGGCUUGCACUACAAGAACAGAUUGUUUCAGAGGAUAGCAUACCCGUUGAAGAUCAUGAUUAUGGGCUUGAUCAAAUAAUAACCAGUUCACGAACCUUUCCUUCCUUACAACAAGUAUAA